AUGGGAAAUUGUAAUAACAGCAAAGAUGUAAAUUUUGAUGAUGUUUCAUGUAAUUAAAACUUAUAUUAUAAUAGUGAUUUGUAAAACUGAUUUUCAAAUGCUUUUUGUUAUUGGUAGAGGUGGAUUUGGAAGAGUAUGGAAGGCAUAAAACAAAAAAACAAAAUAAUAAUAUGCAAUAAAAGAAUUGAGUAAAUGCAAGUAACUAUAAUUAUAUAAUUUAGAAUUAUAAACAAAAAGAGUGUUAGUUCUGUGAUGAAUGAAAAAUAUCUAUUAAGCAAUUUAAGACAUCCGUAAAUAAUAUCAUAUAAAUAGAUUUUUAGUAAAUAUGCAUGCAUCUUUUCAGGAUAGAGAAAACUUAUAUUUGGUUAUGGAUUUAAUGUAAGGAGGAGACCUAAGAUAUCAUCUGUGUAAAUAGAAAAGAUUUACAGAAAAACAAACAAGUAUUUUAUAAAUAUAUUAUUUUAAGAGUUCUUUAUAGUAUGUAUCUUAUUAGCAUUAGAUUAUUUACAUACAAAUACAAUCUUACACAGAGAUAUUAAGCCAGAGAAUUUGGUUUUUGAUAAAAAUGGUGAUAAAUCUGAAUCUAUAAUAGGUUAUCUAAAUUUAACAGAUCUAGGUAUAGCUAGAAUCUGGAAACCUGAUAAUGAAAAUGAUACAAGUGGAACUCCAGGUUAUAUGGCUCCAGAAGUCAUGUGUAGAUAAGCUCAUGGAGUAGCUUCAGAUUAUUUUGCUGUUGGAGUAAUUGCUUAUGAAUGCAUGAUCGGAAAAGUAACUGUUUUUAGUUCUAUGUAGAGACCAUAUAUAGGCAAAACUAGAAAAGAAAUUAGAGAUUUAAUUCUAGCCAAAUAAGUUUUAGUUAAAUCAAAUUAAAUUCCAGAUGGAUGGUCAGAAGAAUCUGCUGAUUUUAUUAACAGAACUUUACAAAGAAAACCAAAUAAUCGAUUAGGAGCGAAUGGUCCUGAAGAAGUCUAAGCUCAUUCUUGGUUUAUAGAUAUUGAUUGGAAUGCUAUCUUAAAUAAAACUGUUAUAUCUCCUUAUUAAAUUAAUGUAAAAAUUAAUAUCUCUAUUUUUAGUGCAAUUAUGAUAAUUUUGAUGCUAAAUUUGCUAACAUAAAAGACGAAGAAGAUAAUCAAACUCUUCAAUAAAAUGGAAUAAUGUUGAGAAGAUUAUCCAUUUAAGAACUUUUUAAUGGAUAUACUUAUGAUUAAUCUAUUACUUAAGUACCAUAAUAACAUAAUUCUGUUACUAAACCUAACAUCCCUCAUUUUAAUACAUAAUAAGUAACAUCAGCGAGAAGAACUAAUAUUGAUGAUACUAAUCCAUAAUUAUCUUAGAUCUCAUCUAAAAAAUAUCAUUUAGUUUCCUCUACUCCAAGAUUAUAAACCAAAUUAAUGUCUUCUAGUUAAAAACCUUCAACAGACAGAAGUCAAUUUUCCAAUAAAUUUUAAUUAAAUUGA